AAGAUGGGAGAGGCAACAGAAAGGUAUGCAGUUGUGACAGGUGCAAACAAAGGAAUCGGAUUGGAGAUAGUUAAGCAGUUAGCCUCAGCAGGGAUCAAGGUUGUGCUCACAGCAAGAAAUGAAGAGAGGGGUCUGCAUGCAAUGGAAACAAUAAAAGCCUCAGCUCUAUCUCACCUUGUAAUGUUUCAUCAGCUGGAUGUGGCUGAUGCAACCAGUGUAGCUAAUCUGGCUGAUUUCAUCAAAUCUAAGUUUGGAAAACUUGAUAUUCUGGUUAACAAUGCAGGGAUUGGUGGAACAGUAACCAAAGACGUUGGUUUAUUGCCUUCAGUUAUCCUUAGCCGCGGGGCUGUAUCAGAAGAAGAUGGAACAAAGGCAAUAACUCAAACAUACGAGCUAGCUGAAGAAUGCUUGCAAAUAAAUUACUAUGGCGCUAAAAUAACUAUAGAAUCCCUUAUGCCCCUCUUGCAAUUAUCUGACUCUCCAAGAAUUGUGAAUGUAUCAUCCACUCUCGGGCAAUUAGAGAGUUUCCCUAAAGAAUCAUGGGCAAGAGGAGUGUUGUGUGAUGGUGAAAAGCUGACAGAAGAGAAAGUGGAUGAAAUAGUGAAGAAAUUUCUAAGUGAUUACAAAGAAGGUUCAUUAGAGAGUAAAGGGUGGCCAAGGUAUCUAGGUGCCUAUAUUGUGUCGAAAGCUGCUAUGAAUGGGUACACGAGAAUCCUUGCUAAGAAACAUCCUUCAUUCUGCAUAAACAGUGUUUGCCCUGGUUACGUGAAGACAGAUAUAACAUCAAACACUGGUUUUCUAACAGUUGAAGAAGGUGCUGCUAGUCCUGUCAAGCUUUCACUUCUUCCCAAUGGUUCUCCAUCUGGUCUCUUCUAUUUCAGAACUGAUGUCGCUUCCUUUUGAUUUCCGGUGAUAUGCAAUUUUCUGGUUUGAGGACAAAACCAGUGCUUUUGCUU